AUGUCCCAUCUUCCCUCUUUGGCAGGUAUGACAUCUUUGAAAGGUUUCUUACCCACUUCACCAGUCAAGCCAUCACCCGAAGUACCGACUUCACCGUCAAAGAUUCGCAAUAUCGUCGGUGAUGGGAUUAAAGCGGUUUGGCAGGAGGGUAAUCUAGGUGAUGGUAGAGGUAUAAGACCUCUAUUACUGGUGACUUCUAAAGUACAUAUCCUCCAGGUUUUCACCAUUUACAACAACCAUAUCCCAGAUGAUCCCCAUAUAACGGAAACCUUCCCCGCACCAGAGGAGAUCUUAUCUAUCCCUACCAUCAAAUAUGCUAAGGACGCAAAGAAGUCAAGUGUGGAAGGUGUAACGAUCGGAUCUCCUGGAGGGAACGAACAAGUACUGAGCAUGACUACACUGAAGAAUAGUGUAGAGGAUGAACCGCUGGUAGCUAUGACCGUCCUGUGGUCAAGUACCCGGAAAUCGACCAAGGGAUCGUUAGCUUUAGUAUUCAUCAGUUUACGUACAGGAUUGGCAGUCAGGAGAAUCGAGCUGGGAAUGGGAAGUGCAGCCGCUGUAUACUCCACUGACAAAGUCAUCGCAGCUACCGUUUCUCUUCCCGUACCCUCUAUCUAUCUCUUCUCCGCCAAGUCUUUCGAGCCCUUCCCUUCCUCUCCUAUUAACCAAGUCGCCCUCAACCCGGAUACCGGCCUUCCCGCUGUGUCUCUGUCAGGUCGCCUCCUCGCAUUCGCCACGUCGGACGCUCCUCAUGCACCUGGUGCUGAUGGUCUCGGUUCCAUCGUAACUUCGAGGACCCUGCAACCAUCUAAGCCUCCUUCCGAGCAGCGUAGGCGCUCUUCGUCCAAUGCUCAAGACACUCAAGCGGCCAUACUGUCAUCUGCUGUGGAAAUCGGAGGGGGAGUAGCUAGAGGGGUUUGGGCAGGAUUGAAAAUGGGUGCAAAGGCUGCUAAUCGUGCUCGAAAUACUCGCCUGGCAAAAAGCGCUCCCACUGAUUCAAGCGGUACUCUAGGUGAUGAGGAAACAGAUGAUUUCGACGGAGAAGCUGAGAGUAGAAGUCUCGAGGAAUCGAGUACACUGGAAGAGGUUCCAUCUUCAUCUUCGUCAACUAUACCAGCCCCAGGAGGAGAAUGGAUCAAAGUGGUUGAUAUAUUUGCUCGUCCCGCUGGGCGUAAGAGAAGAUCGCUUUCGACCUCUCGGCGUUCGAAAUCGAGUAUCUCAGACUAUCAUUCACCAACACGCGUUGGUCAGUAUGAAUGCAUCGCUCACUUCCGUUUACCACCUUCGACAUCCCCCUUACCCAUCGAUACAACUUCUCCUCAUCAAUCCGGUAUCAGACGGUCGUCGAACAACCGCCGGCAUCCCAUCAAUUAUCUGUCUUUUUCACUUGAUGGAACGCAAUUGUUUGCGGCUCCGACUGAUGGCAGAUCAUUCCAUAUCCUGGAACUACAUCCUGCGGGGAUCGAUAAAGCUGAGUUGGGAGAGGUGAAAGGUCAGGUAUGGCAUUUGUACGAAUUACGAAGAGGCCAUACAGCGGCUACUGUCAAGGGAGUCAGUUGGGACAAGAAUAGAAGGUGGAUAGGUGUAGCAACAGGAAAAGGCACUGUUCAUGUUUUCCCUAUCAACCCAUCUGGAGGGCCAGCUUCGUCAUGCACGCAUGUGACAGAUAAGAUUAUCAAUCCUCUUCGACUCCAUCCUCUCUCGACCGUAAUUGUACCAGUUGCAAGACUCCGACCUCGUCGAUCUCACCCACAGGAUCAGACUCAAUCUCCCACCUCGUCUGUGCCUAUAGCUGGCGAGGCAGUGUUCACCUUCACGUGCAAUCGAAAUCAUCCACUUCGCAAGAAAUUGUAUUGCCAGGAUAUCUCGAUCUACCGCCCUACAUCUAAUACCCUAGAACUGGCUCGUAUCUCUGUGCAUACAGUCGAGCAAGCGAAGAUUUCAGAAAGGGAAUCACAGUCUCUGCAAAGAAGAGGAAGUGCGUUAACCGAGAUAAUGCGAAAUAGAGCGUUCGGCGAUGGGAGUGAUCUUGGGAUUGAGGUUGCUGUGAAAGCCGCUUGGAACUUACCUGAAGGCAACAGGGAUAUUUCUCAACUCGAUGACCGGGUGGACCCAGAGCGUACAUCUUCGCGUCAGGUACAUACCAAGAGUUUGGCACGAGCUGAAAUACGAACACAUUGUGUUAACCCAUCCAUUCUCCCUGCGUCGAUCUAUCUGUCACGACAGAUCGAAUUCUUUUCUGCUAAACCCAUUGAUGAUUAUUCCCCUUUGUCCAUUAUGGACAUUGAGGCGAGGCAACAUAAGCUGUGUUUCAGAAAAGAAGUCGAAGCAAUCUCUCCCUUGCCUGAAGAUGUCAAACCGUUCGACGAACCGCUGUUAUCUGCAUUACAUUCCAUCAUCGAGGAAAGACCCUCGACCCAAUUACCUGGCCUGCCCAACGGAUCGCCAAAUCAUACUGGAAGAUGGACGACUACCACUAGGAUCCCAAUCAGAUCAGUCACGGCUGGUGUUGACAGAAUGAAAAGGGAAUAUGUCAAAGCUCAGUCGCAAUAUAUCAAACAUAAACAUCAAUCUCAACGUAGAGAGAAGGCUAGGAAGGAAGGUUUGGGUCUAAGUUUCGAAGAUGAAGAUUCUAUAUCAAUUCUCAAUCCGGAUUUAUCAUCUUCCAAAGAUUCUCAAGAAUCACCGUCUUCGGAUUUGUUGCCUACUACCGAGACGAGCGAUGCGGAUGCCGAACACGACUUUGACGAGGAGUGGAAUACGGGUUGGGAAGAGGAGUAUAAUAAGGCGAUUGAGGAUGACGGACCGCAGGAGUUGGUACUGGGGUUGAUGGAUGAGGAAGAGGAGGAAAGGAGGAAAUGGGAGAUACGAAGAGAGAGGCUGAAGAAGGAAUAUGCUAAAUGA